AUUAUUUUAUGGAUUAUUGGAAAAGACUAUGUCCUUCACAUAUUUACAUUGUUAAUCCAACUACUUUAAUACCUCCUUCCAUCAUCAAUAAGGAAUAUGAUCUUACUACUUGUGAAAAAUUCCAAAUCUCACAUACCAACGCUGAAGGUGAUUUCGCUGUGGCUCCACAACAAUCCAUAGCAGCAGGUUCUCUCAUUUUACAGGAAGAACCUUACGCGUUUGAAAUACGGGAUGAUCUUGAACAACGUACUUGUCCAGGUUGUUUAUCUACUUUAGAUCAUAACAUUACAAUAUCUACUACUCGUUGCCGACAAGCCAGUUGCACUUGGAAUCUUGUUUAUUGCUCGCCAUCUUGCGAAACAAGAUAUUGGUUCUUAUUACAUAUGUAUGUCUGUCCCUUCCGUACCGAAUUCCGCUCAAAGCAUUCUCUCUUAUUGGCUUUUCAGAUAUGGACAAAAUCUAUCAUCUCUCAACAAAGUAGUUUUGAUUCUUUUAGUAGUACACAAAGCAAUAAUCAACUGGAUUCUCUCGUCGACAAUAUGGAUCAACAUGCUGAAACCGAUCUUGAUCGUUAUCGCCAAGAAGCCAAGCAGAUCUCUCGUCUAUUUAUAUUUUCUAUGAAUGAAACGAAGGAUAUGGAAGACAAGUUGGUACGAUACCAGGCACUAAUACGAUGUAAUGGUUUUGGUGUUCAAAGACGAUUGAUCAGCAAUUACGAUGCUUCGUACACCACAGGAACAAACUCUUUGUCAUCAUCAUCAUCAUCGGUAAUGGUGAGUAUUGGUACGGUGGCAACUGCGAUUUAUCCUCUAGCCAGCAAAUUCAAUCAUUCCUGUCAACCAAACGUGAUUGCCCUCUUUCUUGGUACCCAACUACAGUUACGUGCUUUACGUCUUAUUCAUCCAGGUCAACGUCUUUCCAUCAGUUAUGGUCCCCUGGCUGCAAAUUUACCAAAAUCUAAACGUCAACAACAAUUACUGGAUCACUAUUUCUUUACUUGUCAUUGCCAAGCAUGCCAAGUAACCCCUGAUCAAAGCAUAUCUCCUGAAUGUGAACAUAUUUAUCUCUGUUCUUCUUGCAAGUAUACAAGGAUAUCUGCGAAUGAAUCAAAAUGCCCUCAAUGUGGAAUAACUAUCGAUUGGAAUAAGAUACAUAAUAUGGAAGAAACAAUAGAGACAUAUCGACAACAUGGGCUUUGGGACAAGGUUUUGAAAUAUCAAUUAAACAUCUAUCAUGACCAAGCUUUACCAAUUGGAAAAACAUAUGAUCAACUUGCUAGAAUAUGUCAUUCAACACAUCAAUCCAAAGAAGCAGUUCUCUAUUGUGAACGAUCUUUGCGAGUGGUACAAUCUGUUUAUGGAGAAUCAAGUCCUGAAGCUGCUGAAGAAAUGUUCAAAUUAUGUGGAUUAUUGAUUACAUCACGUCAUGAUCUUACCAAAGCACAGUAUUGGAUCAAGAAAACUCGGGACCUGUAUUAUCUUCUUGGACUGGAUCAACAAUUGAAGGAUGAUAUUGAAGAAUUAAAUGCGAUGAUAGCUUGUAUUUAGUGAUAUCCAUAUUUGUUAUUAUUCUUCUCCCCGUUGUAUUUUAAUAUCCCCUUCCUAUUGAUAUCAAUGAAUAAACUAUAUAUAUACACAUGUAUAUGAAAUGGA